UAUUCCAUACAAAAUUCUGUUGCCUUCGUCUGUUAUGGAUAUGGUGACCACCAAUUUACAACAACAACGGCAAAUUACGGAGCAGCUACGACGUGAAGCUGCUUUAAAACGAAUUACAGUUAGCAAAGCUGUUGAAGAUAUCAUGAAAUACAUUACAGAACACGAGCAAGAAGAUUAUCUUUUGGUUGGUUUUUCAUCACAGAAAUCGAAUCCCUUUCGUGAAAGAAGUUACUGUACCAUUUUUUAAACUUGCAUGUUUAAAGUAAAAAGCGAAUCAUUUCAAUUUUUUUCCUCUAAGUAUUUGUAUUUUGAUAUGUUUAAUUUAUUAUAUGAUUAGAAUGAAAUAUCGAGUCUAUUUGUAUCAUCAAUAUUCAAACAUUCAUUUAAUUACCUUAAGUUGAUUAAUUUGGGCCAUCAUUAUUAUUGUUUCUAUGCAAAUUUUGAUAUUUAUUUCAUGUAAACGUUAAACUUUAGAAUUAUGCAUUAAUAGUUUAUAUUUGAAGAAUUUCUAAUAUAAUUUGCUAAUGCUUUGUUAUAAUUCUAUUGGCCUAUAAAUUACCAUGAAAUACAUACGCACAAAAUAUUUCUAAUAUGUAUCAAUAUUAUCUUCAUAUGCAUAAGUAUAUACGCGAUACAAAAGUGAAAUGUUAUUUUGUACAAUGUUGAUCUUAUGAAAUGUAAUAUCUUUUAAAUAUGAGAACCUGUUACUCUACAAAGUA